UCCUCCUCUGCGUCUCCCGCAGGAUCGGUGACCGCGGAGCUGAUGGGGAAGUACUUCCUGACCCUGAGCGUCCUGAAAGGGCCUUGGGACCAAGUCUUCACCGCCUUUUGGCAGCGCUACCCGAACCCUUACAGCAAGCAUGUCCUAACGGAAGAUAUCUUGCACCGAGAGGUGACUGAUGAUCAGAAACUGCUUUCCAGGAGGCUCCUAACCAAAACCAACCGGAUGCCCCGCUGGGCAGAGCACUUCUUUCCAUCUAAUGUUGGCCGCCAUGUCUAUAUCCUAGAAGAUUCCAUUGUGGACCUACAGAAUCGAACCAUGACCACAUUCACCUGGAAUAUUAAUCAUGCACGUCUUAUGGUAGUGGAGGAGCGAUGUGUUUACAAAGAGAACCCAGAAAACAGUAGCUGGACAGAAGUCAAACGGGAAGCCUGGGUCUCUUCCCGUCUCUUUGGCGUUUCUCGUGCUAUCCAGGAAUUUGGCUUGGCUAGAUUCAAGAGCAAUGUGACCAAGACUACCAAAGGUUUUGAAUAUGUGCUGGCCAAAAUGCAAGGUGACGCACCAUCUAAGACACUAGUGGAAACUGCCAAGGAGACCGCUUUGGCAGUUACUGAGAAGGCAAAAGACUUUGCUGGCAAGGCAGCUACUACAAAAAAGCAACAGUAUGUGUGAGAAAAGUUUUCCCACUGAACGGAACUAGAAUGCCACUGGCACAGGGUGGUAUAAUAAUACUGGAAGGUUCACUUUAACUUAAGCUUCCCUUCCUUUGGGACUUGACCAGAAUGUCUGUAGAUUUUAUGUUUUUUUUUAUUGAGACUGUACAAAUCUGACAAUCAUCUUCUUUCUUAAAGGUGUAAUUAUCAUUAAAACCAUAGACUUCAAUUU